AUGGCCCUGGGGCAACAGGAGAGACCCACAGCCUCACUCCCAGUCGCAGCAACCUCGGGUGGAGCGAGGUGGGCGGCGUGCUGGAAGCGGCUCCUCGCUCGGCGCGCGGGAAUCGUGCCUGAUUCUGAGACACGAGAGGCUCUUCGCGAAAUCGACGCGGGGAAUCCGGGAAACGCGACGCCUGGGCUCCCGGAGUCUUCCGAAAGCCGGCAGUAAUACAGUCCAUUGACCGAUCCUGGAGGUCACCUCUGGAAGUAGCUGGCGGCCGCGAUGCAACUUCUUCGCGGGUUCCUCGUAGCUCUGGCUUUGCAGCUGGCGGGCGCGCAGAAAAAAGACAUGGUUCCUCAGAACAGCACUACUGAUGCAGCAGUGGUAUCCUUUCAAGAUGUUUGGAAUCGCAGUUCCUGCCAGCCCUUAGAAAAACUGGUCAGUGUUGUAUCAGAAUACCCAAAUGAAGUGGAGCACGUGUUCAGCCCUUCCUGUGUUUCUUUGCGUCGCUGUUGUGGAUGCUGUGCAGAUGAGAUGCUGCAAUGUGUCCCAGUGGAAAUUGCCAAUGUCACUAUGGAGCUCAUGAAGAUCAAUUCAGAGGAUCCAGCACCCUUUGUGGACUUGUCAUUCAUUGAACACAGGAAAUGUGCAUGCAGGCCCCGACAAGAUGCUCUGAAGUCAGGGAGGAGGAGGAGACUCAAGGGACGCAGCAAGAGGAAGCGGGCAAAGCAGAGACCCAAAAAUUGAUCUCUAUGUGUGCCGUUUGAUGAUAGUUGUUGCUUUCUCAGCCAAGGGCAGUGCCGCAAUGCCUCUAUUUAUUGCUCGGUCCUCUUCAGCAUUCCUCUGCAAUCACAAUUUUGACUGAUGAAUUCAGGGGGCCGAUAGCAGCUUGCUCACUUGAAAUGCCAGAGCAAAAAGGGAGGAGUAAAGACAGCAUUACAGUGAGAAUAUGUC